AACAGAAUUCCUGACCGGCCACGGUGACGAAGAGCGUCCUAGAACAAUCUAGAAUUUCCCAUCGUCGUUGCCCUAGUGCAGCUAUAAAUAACUGCACUGCAGGAACCCGAUCGUCAAUUCAGUACUACUCCGCUCUUCAAAUUUUCGUUCACGAUCUGUGAAAAUUUCCGGUGAUUCUUGGGAUUGUAUCGCCACAACAAUGGCCGCUGAAGCAGAGACGUUCGCCUUCCAGGCGGAAAUCAACCAGCUGCUUAGUCUGAUCAUCAAUACCUUCUACAGCAACAAGGAGAUCUUCCUCCGCGAGCUUAUCAGCAACUCCUCCGACGCUUUGGAUAAGAUUAGGUUCGAGAGCUUGACGGACAAGUCCAAGCUCGAUGGACAGCCGGAGUUCUUCAUCCGCAUUAUCCCGGACAAGGCCAGCAAUACCCUGACCAUCGUCGACAGUGGCGUCGGCAUGACUAAGGCUGAUUUGGUGAACAAUUUGGGUACGAUUGCGAGGUCUGGAACCAAGGAGUUCAUGGAAGCAUUGCAGGCUGGAGCUGAUGUUAGCAUGAUUGGACAGUUUGGUGUUGGUUUUUACUCGGCUUACCUUGUUGCCGAGAAGGUUAUUGUGACCACGAAGCACAACGAUGAUGAGCAGUACAUCUGGGAGUCUCAGGCCGGUGGUUCUUUCUCCGUGACCAGAGAUGUUGAUGGUGAGCAGCUCGGCAGGGGAACCAAAAUGGUUCUCCAUCUGAAGGAAGACCAGCUUGAAUACCUCGAGGAGAGGAGGAUCAAAGACCUAGUGAAGAAGCACUCUGAGUUCAUCAGCUACCCAAUCUACCUCUGGACCGAGAAGACAACUGAGAAGGAGAUCAGCGAUGAUGAAGAUGAAGAUGAGCCCAAGAAGGAAGAAGAAGGUGCAGUCGAGGAAGUUGAUGAGGAGAAGGAAAUUGAAUCCAAGAAGAAGAAGAAAAUCAAGGAGGUCUCUCAUGAGUGGGAGCUCAUCAACAAGCAGAAACCCAUCUGGCUGAGGAAGCCUGAGGAGAUCACCAAGGAAGAGUAUGCCUCUUUCUACAAGAGCAUCACCAACGACUGGGAAGACCAUCUUGCCGUGAAGCACUUCUCUGUUGAGGGCCAGCUUGAGUUCAAAGCCAUCCUCUUUGUCCCCAAGCGUGCCCCAUUCGACCUCUUUGACACCCGCAAGAAGGCCAACAACAUCAAGCUCUAUGUCAGGCGUGUUUUCAUUAUGGACAAUUGCGAGGAGCUCAUCCCUGAGUUCCUUGGCUUUGUCAAGGGUGUGGUUGACUCUGACGAUCUCCCACUCAACAUCUCCCGUGAAAUGCUCCAGCAGAACAAGAUCCUGAAGGUCAUCAGGAAGAACCUGGUUAAGAAGUGCAUUGAGAUGUUCAACGAGAUCGCUGAGAACAAGGAGGACUACAACAAGUUCUACGAGGCCUUCUCCAAGAACUUGAAGCUUGGCAUCCAUGAGGACUCCCAGAACAGAGCUAAGUUGGCUGACUUGCUGAGAUACCACUCCACCAAGAGCGGUGAAGAGUUGACCAGCUUGAAGGACUAUGUCACCCGCAUGAAGGAGGGGCAGAAAGAUAUCUUCUACAUCACAGGAGAGAGCAAGAAGGCAGUGGAGAACUCUCCCUUCCUUGAGCGCCUCAAGAAGAGAGGGUACGAAGUCCUCUUCAUGGUUGAUGCAAUCGACGAGUAUGCAGUCGGUCAGCUCAAGGAGUACGACGGGAAGAAGCUGGUCUCCGCCACCAAGGAAGGGCUCAACCUGGACGACGAGACUGAGGAAGAGAAGCAGAAGAAGGAAGAGAAGAAGCAAUCCUUCCAGGAGCUCUGCAAGACCAUCAAGGACAUCCUCGGCGACAAGGUCGAGAAGGUGAUCGUCUCAGACCGCAUCGUCGACUCCCCUUGCUGUCUCGUCACUGGAGAAUACGGGUGGUCUGCCAACAUGGAGAGGAUCAUGAAGGCACAGGCUUUGAGGGACAGCAGCAUGGGAUCCUACAUGUCGAGCAAGAAGACUAUGGAGAUCAACCCGGACAAUGGCAUAAUGGAGGAGCUGAGGAAGAGGGCCGAGACCGACAAGAACGACAAGUCCGUCAAGGAUCUUGUCCUGCUCUUGUUCGACACCGCCCUGCUUAACAGCGGCUUCAGCCUCGAGGACCCCAACACUUUUGCUAGCAGGAUUCACAGGAUGCUGAAGCUGGGUCUCAGCAUUGACGAGGACGAAGCUGCCGAUUCUGAGAUGCCGCCGUUGGAAGAUGAUGCCAACGAGGAGAGCAAGAUGGAGGAGGUCGACUAAGGCGUUUGUGUUUCGAUGGAGAGCUAUGAAGUAUGAACGAUAUUGGUAGUAUUUAGUUUUCUGCAAUCUUGUUGCCGGUUCUAGUUGUAGGCUUGUCUGGUUUCCAUUUGGUACUACUUUCUGUUUAGCUUUUGGAAUUUGGAUUUUGACUUUUGAGGAGAGGCUGAUGGGUUGAGAUCUUUACGUCUCACAUGGUUUUGGGAUAGUUUGAUCAGCUGUGUUAUUAGUCUUCUCUCGAGGAAUCGGACGCUAUGAUAUAUAUAUAUGGGGUAUAAUUAUUUUUCUUUCUGCC